GGUAGGUUGCGCUGCAGAGAGGAGAGUGUUCUGUUGUUGAGUCACCGGGAGAACCGUUACUCGACACACACACACACCGGGAACAGCGUCCUCUGCUCCUCCACAGACCUCCACCCAGUACACGGUCAGGAUCCUCUUCUCCACGGGGGUGAAAUGUUACACUUUCGGUCCACGGUAGCCCUGAAGGAGUUAUUCCAGACCCCGCUGAAGCGUCCUCUGGCAGGUCGAGUGAAAUCUGGUCCUGGUUCUGGUCCCUCCGCACCUGCUCCUGCUGCCUGCCUCAGCACCAGGACUCUGGAUGGGAGGACGCCCGGCAGAGGGAGGGGGGUUCCUGGAUGGAGAGCCCCGCAGCAGCACUUCUCCAGGAGGCAUGGAGUGAGGGACUUCUGCUCCAAGGGGGAUGGACCAACCGAGGCCGGACUAACCGAGGCCAGCAAGGACUCUGCAGCAGAGAAGAGAAGGAAGGCAGGCAUCCUGCCCAGCCUGGAGGAUCUGCUCUUCUACACCAUCGCAGAAGGCCAGGAAAAAAUCCCUGCACACAAAUUCACCACAGCUCUCAAAGCCACGGGGCUUCGCACGGGAGACCCCCGGCUGAAGGAAUGCAUGGAGAUGCUGAAGGUGACUUUGAAGACCACCUCUGAUGGAGCUCUCGACCGGCACCUCUUCAAGAAAUGUGUCCAGAGCAACAUCGUCCUGCUCACUCAGGCCUUCAGGAAGAAGUUUGUCGUCCCAGACUUCCAGUCCUUCAGUGCCCACUUUGACGAACUCUAUGAGACGGCUAAACACAUGUCCGGAGGGCAGGUGGCGGACUACAUUCCCCAGCUUGCACGUUUCAGUCCGGACCUGUGGGCCGUCGCCCUGUGCACCGUGGAUGGACAGAGGCACACUGUCGGCGACACAAAGGUCCCUUUCUGCCUGCAGUCGUGCGUAAAGCCGCUGAAGUACGCCAUCGCUGUUCACGACCACGGCACCGAGUACGUGCACCGCUUCAUCGGCAAAGAGCCCAGCGGCCUGCGGUUCAACAAGCUCUUCCUGAACGAGGAUGAUAAACCGCACAACCCCAUGGUUAACGCUGGAGCCAUCGUUUGUACCUCCCUCAUCAAGCAAGGAGCAAGCAACGCUGAGAAGUUUGACUAUGUCAUGAACUUCAUGAACAAACUGGCAGGAAACGAGUACGUGGGCUUCAGCAACGCCACGUUCCAGUCGGAGCGAGAGUCCGGAGACAGGAACUUUGCCAUUGGCUACUACCUGAAGGAGAAGAAGUGUUUUCCUGAGGGCACAGACAUGACCUCCAUCCUCGACUUCUACUUCCAGCUCUGCUCCAUCGAGGUGACCUGUGAGAGCGCCAGCGUCAUGGCCGCCACUCUGGCAAACGGCGGCUUCUGUCCAAUCACCGGCGAGCGUGUUCUGAGUCCUGAGUCUGUGCGAAACACUCUGAGUCUGAUGCAUUCCUGCGGCAUGUACGACUUCUCUGGACAGUUCGCUUUUCACGUCGGGCUGCCCGCUAAGUCAGGCGUCGCCGGUGGGAUCCUGCUGGUCGUUCCCAACGUGAUGGGCAUCAUGUGUUGGUCUCCUCCGCUCGACAAACUGGGCAACAGCGUCAGAGGAAUCAAGUUCUGCACGGACCUCGUCUCUCUCUGCAACUUUCACAACUAUGACAACCUGAGGCACUUUGCUAAGAAGCUGGAUCCUCGCAGAGAGGGAGGAGACCAGAGGGUGAAGUCUGUGAUCAACCUGCUGUUUGCUGCGUACACCGGAGACGUCUCCGCCCUGAGGAGGUUUGCGCUGUCCUCCAUGGACAUGGAGCAGAGGGACUACGAUUCCAGGACGGCCCUGCAUGUGGCCGCUGCUGAAGGACACGCAGAGGUGGUGCGCUUCCUGCUGGAGGCCUGCAAAGUCAACCCGGUCCCCAAAGACAGGUGGGGAAACACACCCAUGGAUGAGGCGGUCCACUUCGGCCAUCACGACGUGGUGACGAUCCUGCGAGAUUAUCACACUCAGUACAGCCCUCAGGAAACGACCACCGACAAGCAGAGCGCAGAGAAGAACCUGGACGGGAUGCUCUGAGGGAGCGAGGACGCCAUCCUGGGUCUGUUCUGAAACGCCGGGGAGGAAAAUCUGUGAAACACCAACACGUAGGAAACCGUUAGGAACAUGAAAACAAUCUGUAAGAGGAGAAAACCUCCGAAACAACUUUAGAUUACAGUCCCGUAAACACACUCCCCUCCAGUGUAAACGCUCCUCCUCAUGUCGGUAGAUGUUGUAGGUUUUUGUACAAUAUUACUGUACGUACUUUGUUUCAUUCCCCUGUUCCAUCAUCAGCUUCAUGGCUCUGUAGGAAGUGACCAGCCAGCUGAAUGCUGGGUAAAUUUAGCUGAAGCUGGUGAGUCAAAGUCGACUUUAAAAUCGUUUUAUUCUGAAAAGCUGGAAGAGGAAGUAGCAGGUGUCAUCUGUAUUUUAAUCUUUAUCACAUUAUGGUGGAAUGUAUCUUUCCCCCAAACACUCUGUGUGUGCGUGCGUGUGUGUGUGUGUGUGUGUGUGAUAUUUAUUUAUCUAUUUAAGAUAAACUGUACAGUCAUGUAGUGUCUGUGUGACAGGUGUGUGUGUGUGAGACUGAUGUGUGUGUGUGUGUUCCUGAGGACAUGCUGAUGUAAAUACGUACAGGUGUAUAGUUGUAGUUGUUGGUCUGGUGGAUCACGAGGUGUGUGUGGUGGAUCACGCGGUGUGUGUGGUGGAUCACGAGGUGUGUGUGGUGGAUCACGAGGUGUGUGUGGUGGAUCAUGAGGUAUGUGAGGUCGAGUCUGUCCAUGUUUUCUUCUGUUGAUAUUUUAACGGCGGAGUUUUCGUUUCCCCUCUAACUGGAUUUUGAUUUUACACUACACUGAAAUUUUUGAUCUAUUUUUUGUAUCAUGAGGAAAUAAUGUAAGCCAGUCAGCCAAAGUUCAGCCUGAGUCGUCUCCUGGUGGACUGAAAGAGGUCACAGGGAUCAGAAGAGUCACUGCCAGCACUGAAAGUUUGUUUGAUACUCUUUAUUUAAAUUUAGGUUUAAGACACCAGAGCUCACGAAUGACUGCACUCAACAACAGAAAAGGAUCAGCUGUUCUUCGUCCUUACGGAGCGGCUAAACAUCAAAGUUUUGAUUUCACUGGAGGUCAGAUUAAUUUAACGAUGCUGAAGACUCAUCCAGUGACUGAUCGAUCACUUCAUGUUUGAAUCAUUGAGCUCUAAAAACAGUAGCUGCUCACUAAAGCUGCUGAAUCUGCCUUAAAGGAGUCUUCACAGAGAACCUCUCGCCCUCUGAUUGGUUGCAGUGCUCUCUUUGAUUUGUACUUGGUUUUAAAGUUGAAGCCUUCUAUUCUUUAAAGACAUCUCUGAUCCGUACGAUGUCUCUCUCUCAUCCGGAUCACUUUUUAAAAGCAGUGUUUUUCUCUGUUGAGUGCAGCUCCUCUUUUUUUAGUUUCAUCAUGUUUUCUGAAAGUCAUGGCUUCUUGAGCAGACAUGUGUUGACUCUGUAAUGUAUCACAUGAACUCUGAUGGUUGAUAUGAUGAUGCUCCUGCCGUGCACUCAGACAGGCUGACAGAUUAUAAAACACUAACGUGAAGGAGCUUUAUGACGCAGAUUGUUUUUGUAGAAGAGUCUGUCUUUACUUGAAAACGUGUGCAAAUGUUUCCCCGAGGUUUUCUUGUGUUUGUUAGCGUGUUUGAAGUUUCGAUGUUCUUCACAGACAAACUGAAGCAGGUCAUCAAUUCUGAUAUUUACAAUCCACAGGUUCAAUUAGUUCUUUCAGUUGAAUUGACAUGAUUUAAAAAUGAUAAUCAAAGAGAAGCACAAAAAGUAUCUAAAAGCUGCAAUAUUUGAAGAGACGAUUAGCAAUAGAACUGUUGUGAUUGUACAAUAAAAUCAGCAAUACAAGCCUGAACUUUGACCCUGACCUGCAGCUCUCUGCUGUCGUCUGUGAAGUGAUCUCUGUGUGUGCAGCUGAGACUGAAGUAUUCUGAAUGUAACGUGUUUGGUGUCGUUCUGUUUCUUCAUGUAUAUUUCUGCUGCUGAGUGUCACAGGCAGCUCAGAUAUUUAUUCACAGAUCAAACAUUUAAUAAAAGUUAUAAAAUCAAA